AUGUCCCGGAAGCAGGCGGCGAAGAGCCGGCCGGGCAGCGGCCGCGGCGGCAAGGCGGACACGGAGCGCAAGCGGGACGAGCGGGCGGCGCGCCGGGCCCUGGCCAAGGAGCGGCGGAACCUGCGGCCCGAGUCCGGCUGCGGCGGCGGCGGCGGCGGCGAGGAGGAGUUCGUGAGCUUCGCCAACCAGCUGCAGGCCCUGGGGCUCAAGCUGCGGGAGGUGCCCGGGGACGGCAAUUGCCUGUUCAGAGCUCUUGGUGAUCAGUUGGAGGGACACUCACGAAAUCAUCUCAAGCACCGACAAGAGACUGUGGACUACAUGAUAAAGCAGCGGGGAGAUUUUGAACCCUUUGUAGAAGAUGACAUUCCUUUUGAGAAACAUGUGGCCAGUUUGGCAAAGCCUGGUACAUUUGCUGGCAAUGAUGCAAUUGUAGCCUUUGCAAGAAAUCAUCAAUUGAACGUGGUGAUUCAUCAACUUAAUGCCCCUUUGUGGCAGAUUCGUGGUACUGAGAAAAGCUACGUGCGGGAGUUACACAUUGCCUAUCGGUAUGGAGAGCACUAUGACAGUGUUCGGAGGAUCAAUGACAACUCGGAAGCCCCCGCACACCUCCAAACUGAUUUUCAGAUACUUCAUCAAGAUGAAUCAAAUAAAAGAGAGAAGAUUAAGACAAAGGGCAUUGACUUUGAAGGUGAUCAGAGAGAUGAAGUAGGAGAUGCUGUUCAGAAAGUUUACAGUGCAACCGGAUGUUCAGAUUUUAAUUUGAUCGUCCAAAACCUGGAAGCUGAAAAUUAUAAUAUUGAAUCUGCAAUAAUUGCUAUGCUUCAGAUGAACCAGGGAAAAAGAAAUAAUUCAGAGGAGAAUGUGGAGUCCAGUGGUCGAGUGCUGAAGCCAUGUGGUCCAUUAUGGGAGGAGGGCGGCAGUGGCGCCAAACUCUUUGGAAAUCAGGCCUUAAGUGAAUGCAGGACUGAAAACAGCCAGGCACAGACUAGCCCUAGUGAAGAAAACAAAGCAAAUAAGAAUCAGCUCCAAAAGGUCACAAACAGACAGAGGAGAGAACAACAGAGACUGGAGAAGAAGAAGCGGCAGGAGGAGCGGCAUCGCCACAAAGCCCUCGAGAGCAGGAGUAGCCACAGGGACAGUAACAGGAGUGAGGCAGACGUGAAUACACAGGUCACCUUGGUGAAGACCUUUGCUGCACUCAACAUCUGACUCUCAGCCUUCUGGGCAUCCUAAGAAGCGAGUGGAAAUGGGGAGCCGUAUACCAGACUUUCCAGUGAGGCCCUCCUUUUACAGACACGACCCUCCAAAUCUACAUAAGCUCACACACUGACUUAGUUUCCUUCAAGUUGCCUCUUUUUGUUCCAAAUUUUGUUAGUGAUAAUGCUUUGUUUUAUGAAAGUACAGUGAAGCCAUUCAUGUUCAAAUUAAAAUACUGAAUUAACGUAGCAGUAGAUAGGAUUAGGACAGAAAAGUUUUAUAUGUCUCCCCACAUCCCCUAAAGAAAUCAGAGUUCAGUCACCUUGGGAUCUUUCCUUUGUACUUGGCGCAAAUUUUGAGUAAUUGUUUAUAAAAUAGCUUAGAUUAAUUGUUGAUUAGAAAUUCGGAACAGUAAAUUCCUUCUUUUUUAUUUUAAACAGAUAUUAAUAUACAGAAUAGUUUAUAAACAUUCUCCAGCUCAGGAACAUGUUUAGUAUUACUUUCCUUCUAAUUCAAGUUAAUCCAGAAAAUAAUUGAAGAAGUAUUUUCCCAGAGUAAUUGGAUAUGGGGCUGUGGCCUAGAGUCAGAGUGGAAAUUUCACAGCUACCUUCUCUCAUUCCAAAUUCUGAGGUUACUUCAGAAGGGCUGCAGGUGCUGUUAGUGGUUUGUACUUGAGCCAGCUGAUAAAUGUGCUGACUGUUGACUGUUUUGCAGACUGUCGCUGGUAUUGAAUUUUUGGGGACUUGUUUUUUGACAAAGGGAAGACAGUAUGUUACUGCUUCUGGUAAAGUUCUGGGAUUCUGAUAAUAUGGAAUUCAUAGUGGUAGAAGGAGAAAUAAGGAGAUUGCUGAGGUUAUGCCUAAGAAGUCUAUAUAAGUUUGUUUUUUUUUUUUCUGGAGGGAAAUGUAUGGUAGAAUAUCUAAGGUUUUUUUAUGUUCACAAUUGAAGUAACUUAUUUUCUUUCUUACUAUUCUAGAUUUAGAAAGAUGCCUUGAGAGCGAAAUAAAAGGCAAAAUGACCUAUGGCUAAAUGUUUUAGUAUUACGAAAAUUAUGCACUUUCUUUCUUGAGGCUCAUUUUUUUUUUGUUUGUUU